AUGACAGCUAUCCCAGUGAAGAAGAAAGUACAGGUUUCGUUUGUGAUUCGGGAUGAAAAGGAACCGAUGCAUCGUUCAGGUGUGAACUGUUUGCAGUACGAUGCACAAACAGGUCGGCUCUUUUCCGGUGGCUCAGAUACUAUUAUACGAAUCUGGAAAUCACCUGAUUGUAAAGAAGACAACUUUCGGUUAAUAAGCAAAGAAGGAUCUUUUUGCGGUAGUGGUAGUAAUGGAAGGACAAAAAUUCAACGUGAUCUUCACUUACAAUCAAUGGAACAUCAUACUGAUUGGGUUAACGACAUUGUUCUUUGCUGUAGUGGCCGGAAUCUAAUCUCGGCUUCAAGCGAUACAACAGUAAAAGUUUGGAAUGCUCAAAAAGGCUUCUGUAUGUCAACGCUACGGACGCAUCGAGAUUAUGUUCGUGCGUUGGCGUAUGCCCGAGAUAUUGAAAUGGUUGCAAGUGGUGGAUUCGAUCAGCUUAUUUAUUUGUGGGAUAUUGCUACAUUAACAAAGCUAACUGCAUUAAAUAAUACUGUUACAACCUCUUCGCUGAGUGGUAACAAGGAUAGCAUUUAUUCACUUGCUACGAACCCUUCUGGAACAAUCGUUAUUUCUGGCUCAACAGAAAAAGUGCUUCGUGUAUUCGAUCCUCGUGCAUGUCAAAAGUUGAUGAAGCUUCGUGGCCAUACUGAUAAUGUUAAGGCAGUCAUUGUGAAUCGCGAUGGCACACAGUGCUUAUCGGCCAGCAGUGAUGGUACCAUAAAGUUGUGGAGUAUUGGACAGCAGUGCUGCAUAUCAUCGCUGAAAUGCCAUUCAGAGAGUGUUUGGGCAUUGCAAGCUGACAGUAAUUUUUCAUACGUAUAUUCUGGAGGGCGAGAUAAACAGGUCUUCCGCACUGCAAUUAACGAUUUUAAGACAGCACAACUAAUGUUUGUUGAAGAUGCACCUGUACAGCGCUUGCAACUAACCGAUUCGGAUUCGCGUUUCAUUUGGGCAGCAACAUGGAACUCGUCAAUUAAACGAUGGCCAUUGCUUAGUGAUGCUCAAAUUUCAGUUGAAAAAAAUGAUCAAUAUGAAGAAAUGGUUCCAUGUGUUCAUGAACCAGACAUCAUCAUUCCAGGUGCUGCAAGCAUUAGGCAACAUGUUGUUUUAAAUGAUAAAAGACAUAUUGUCACAAAAGAUACCGACGACAAUGUGGCGAUGUGGGAUGUCCUAAAGGGAAAGAAGAUAUGUGAUCAUGGAAAGAGACCGAUGGAGGAAGUGAUCAAGGAUCAUUUCAAGAAAGUAUUUGUACCUUCGUGGUUUACAGUUGAUCUGAAGAGUGGUAUGUUGCAAAUUACAUUGGAUGAGUCAGAUUUCUUUUCUGCUUGGGUAUCAGCAAAAGACGCUGGAUUUCCAGACAGUCAAAAUGAUACUAAAAUCAAUUACGGUGGAAUGUUACUUCGGGCGCUAUUUGAACAUUGGUCACGAUCUUUUUCUGAUGUUGAUGAGGAAUCUCCAACUCAUCGAUUCAAUUCCAUACCUGGUCAUACUCCGCUUAUUUUAUGGUAUGUUGUUGAAUGUUCUAUGGAUAGUAGUGAAUCAACUGGUCGACCUAUAUUUCGACUAAUGAUACGAGAUGCGGCACAUGAAACCGAAUCACAAAUGCUUUCGGACUUUGUUCCACCUUGGGUUUUAGAUGUAGUUGAGAGAAAUCAACUUCCGAAAUUUAACAAAAUGCCAUUCUUCCUUCUUCCACAUCCAUCCCUCGGAAUCAAGGCAACAAAGAAGGAUCGAUUAAGUGCUACAGAAAUGCUUCAAGUCAGAAAAGUGAUGGAACAUGUUUAUGAGAAAGUAUUGAAUGUUAACGAUGCAAAUUACUCAGAGAAUGGUAUUCUACCUGCUGCUCAAAUGUUGCCAUCCUCUCUACAAGUAAAUAUUGAAGAAAGAAUUGAACUUUAUUGCCAAGAUCAGAAAUUGGACCCAGAAAUGGACCUUCGAACUGUCAAGCAUUUCAUUUGGAAACAGGGUGGUGAUCUCAUGUUAUAUUAUAAACCUAUACGAUAA